AUCACUCAUCACUCUUGCCCGGUCAAAUGUCAGUUAAAAUCAUGAUUUUUACAUAAUUAUACUCUUAAUAUAUUUCUCUACUGAUAAUUAUAAGAGAAGAAUAAUUUACUAUCCAAAUUCAGUCUGUUUUAACCGAUUACAUCUUAUAGGUUAGUACGUUAAAAAUUAUGCACCGAAUAAAUCUCAACCAAAUUCGUAAUGCCGUUACAAAUGGAGUUCGUUUGUAUUCAAAAGAGCCCCAGAGACGACAGUCUUUCCUUUCGAGGUUAUAUGACAAUUUUCGUGAAGAAAUGGCGAAAAAUAAAGAAAUGAAAGAGUCCUUAAAAAAAUUUCGAGAAGAAGCAGAAAAAUUAGAACAAAGUGAUGCUUUGAAAGCGGCUAGACAAAAAUUCGAAUCUGUUGAAAAAGAAGCAAGUAAGGGUAGUGAAGUUUUCAAGGAAAGUCUAAGCACUCUUAAGGAGAAAGUGCAAGGAGUUAUAGAUGAAGCUAGUAAAUCGGAUAUCGCCAAAAAAGCUGGUAAAUUUACAGAGGAAGUCGGCAAAAAGACGCAUAGAAUUAGUGAAAAAGCUCAAGAAAUUAGUAAAACAGGAGCAUUUCAAAGUAUUUCUGAAGCUACAAAGGCAGUUAAAAAAGAAAUUGAUACUUCCAGUAUAGAAGGUAAAGUAUAUGUGAGUCCUACAAAAUUGAGAAAAAGAACUGAAACCAGUGCUGUUGUACACCAGAAAUAUUACGAACCCAACACAGAUGCAACAGGUGUAGAACUUCAUAAAGACUCUAAAUUUUAUGAAUCGUGGCAAAAUUUUAAAAACAAUAAUCCAUAUGUGCACAAAGUUAUGGAUUGGAAAUUAAAAUUCGAUGAAAGUGAGAACCCCGUUAUUCGUGCUUCGAGAGCGCUUACUGAAAAAGUAACGGAUAUUAUGGGUGGGUUAUUUCAAAAAACUGAAUUAUCUGAAACUUUAACUGAAAUUUGUAAAAUUGACAAUUCGUUUGACACUAAACGUUUUUUAAAACAGUGUGAAACAGACAUUAUUCCUAAUAUAUUGGAAGCAAUGACAAGAGGAGACUUAGAAGUUUUAAAGGACUGGUGCCACGAAGGUCCUUAUAAUUUAUUUGCUAUUCCAAUUAAAGAGGCCUACAAAAAAGGUUACAAACUAGAAUCUAAAAUAUUAGACGUUGACAAUGUAGACUUGGUAAUGGGAAAAGUUAUGGAUCAGGGACCAGUACUAAUUAUAUCUUUUACUUCUCAACAAGUAAUGUGUGUAAAAGAUGCUUCAGGUGCGAUAGUUGAGGGCGAUUCUAAUAAAGUUAUGAGGGUAAACUACGUUUGGGUGCUCUGUAGGGACACCUCAGAACCUGAUCCAAGAGCUGCAUGGCGGUUAUUAGAUCUCUCGGCAAGUAGUAACGAACAAUUUGUAUAGGAUAGUAAAAUUGUAUUAAAUUGGUCAAUAAAUUUUGAACUGGGUUUAAUGGAUGUCAUAAAUUGUAUUAAAUAUGACGAUGAAAUUUUUGUUUAAAAAGUUUUUGGUUUAUCCGUUGUUAUUAGUUUCAAAGAUAAACCAAAACAGGUUAUUACUAUUGCAGUAUAUUGCUGACUUCGUAAGAUUUACAUUUAUUUUAAACGAUUAUAUCAAACACAUAAAUAAAACAAUUGUGAAUAAGUACAAAAUAUCUAAAUUUCCCUUUAGUUCUUGUAGUUCGGAUAAAUUGUGGUUUUAACGGUGAGUUCCCAACUUUCAUCUCUUUAACGAAUGUGAUAUUACAAAAUAUUUUUGUUGAUUAACCUACUGAAUAGAUCAGAAUCGGCUUUAGUUUAUGAUUCUGUAUUUAAUUGUACAAUUUUUUUUGUAUAGAUGAAAACAAUGUAUAUUUAAUAUCUUAAUAUACUUUUCCACUAAA